UAUUGAACUCUAAGAGGUUAAUGUUGAAUUUUUAGGAGAUUUGAAUCAUAAUUCGAUAAAUUCUUGUUUGCUUCGAGAUGGUGUCUUAUAAGGAGACAAAUCAUAAAACCCCGAUGGUUCUGGGCUCCAUUUUUAUUCUCCUCUCUUGUGGGACGGGGAUGGUGAAUGGAAUCGCGGAUGUCAAUUACACUACUUGUGAAAAUGUAGCUGGCAUGAACAUAAACGAUUUCACAGUUCCAAAGAUGAUCGACGAUAAUGAAGAGCCGGAGAAUCUGAGUCUUAAAAACUACACGGAGGGCAAGUGGACCAUCCUCACCAAUGUCGCCUCCUACUGAGGACAGACCCCUCAGCUCUUAGACAUGAAUGCAGUACAGUCUGAAGCUGAGAACUCCUCCGUGGCCUUUACAAUAAUUGGGUUCCCCUGCAACCAGUUCGGCAUGCAAGAGCCAGGCGCCAACAAGACGGAGUUGCUGAACCUGGCCAGAUAUGUGAGGCCGGGCAACAACUACCAACCCAACUUCCCGUGGUUCGGACCCCUGGAUGUCAACGGGGUUAACGAACAUCCCCUUUUUACAUACCUCAAGGACAUCUGUCCCCCGUACCAGAAGAAUCUGGGUGACCGGUCUGACCUGUUUUGGGACCCAGUCCAGUCUGGCGAUGUGACCUGGAACUUCGAGAAAUACCUCAUUGACACCUCUGGAGUCCCGCUGGCUAGAUUUGCGCCCAUAGUAACCGUCAGACAGAUAUAUGAAGGAUAUAUUGUGCCGAACAAACAGAUGAUGAAAAAGAACCGCCAUGCGAACGUCAAAUCUGUCAGUUAUUAGGAAGGUGCUUCAAAUUUGUUUUAUCCAAGGCUCACGGGCUCUGUUUUUAUGAUAAUGGGCUCAAU